UAAAAUGUUACAUGCACAUUAUUUCAUACAAAGUUUUGUUAUUUAAGCUAUUUUAGCAAGUUUUAUUUUUAUCAGUGGUCAUGGAGUUAAUUAAUUCCAGUUUGUGUUGGUAAUGCUUUCACUUUACGUAUAUUAAAAUACAAUUUCUCCAAAUUCUUGAAAUGAUCAUAAACAUAAUUAGUCGAUUUCAACCUGCACCGUCAUCCUUUAAAUAAUUUUAAAUUGGAAAUUGUCUUAUUGACGUCAACGAUAAGUGUCUAAAGUUACAGAUUAGGCAGGUAAAUUUUUGAUUAAAAAUUACGUAAACAAACAUUUUAAAUAAUGUUAAACUAUUCGCAUCUGUGUAAUUAUGCAACGUGAUUUGGCAUUUUAAAAUUUCUUAGUGGCUCACAUACCCGUUCCCGAAAAUGGACCGUUUAAUGUUCACCAUAAAACCUCCUCUGCAUUUAAAAAUUUCACAUAUUUAUAAAGUUUUGUCACUUAACUAUUCUUUAAGAUCAACACAUGAACAGUAUACCAGCGGACCAGUGAAAGAUUUAUUGGACCAGAUAAAAGCAGGCAAAUUGCAGAAGGAUGAGAAUCAACUUAGGGUGGCCCAAAGACUACAACAAGUCAGUAAUGACAUUUCGGGGUACACACCACCAACAAAAAGUAUAUUUCAGAAGAUGUUUGGUGGCAGCACCCCUAAAGCCCCCAAAGGACUAUAUAUUUAUGGUGCAGUUGGUGGAGGAAAAACCAUGCUCAUGGACAUGUUUUUCAACAGCUGUGAUGUGAAAAAGAAAAUGCGCAUUCAUUUUCACGGAUUUAUGAUCAACGUGCAUAAGAAGAUGCAUGAGCUGAAGCAAGAAUCAGCAAAGAAUUUUUCAGAAAACAGGAGCAAACCAUUUGAUCCGAUACCACCAGUAGCUGAAUCAAUUGCUGAAAAGUUCUGGUUGAUUUGUUUCGAUGAGUUUCAAGUGACUGAUAUUGCUGAUGCAAUGAUAUUGAGUAGACUGUUCACACAUUUGUUUGAUUGUGGGGUUGUUGUGGUGGCUACAAGUAACAGGGCACCAAUAGAUUUGUAUAAGAAUGGUUUGCAGAGGUCAAAUUUUGUUCCAUUUAUACAAAUCUUAAAAGAUCAUUGUGAUGAGGAAAAUCUGGACACAGGAAUUGACUACAGACAACGAGCACAUGGUGAAAAAACAAACUACUUUAUAAAAUCCAAGUAUAAGUUGGAUCCAAUCACUCCAUUACUUAAAUAUUUGUGUUCUAAAGAAAAUGAUGUGGUAAGAAGCAAAACAUUCACAAUAUUAGGCAGAGAUGUUAGUUUUGGGAAAGUGUGUGGUGGUGUGCUGGAUUCUAAUUUUGAAGAACUAUGUGACAGACCCUUAGGAGCAAAUGAUUAUUUACAUUUAGCACAAUUUUUUCACACAAUCAUCAUUCGCGAUUUACCUCAAAUGAAUUUAAACAAAAUGAAGUCUCAAGCCAGAAGAUUCAUCACCAUGAUUGAUGCUUUGUAUGACAAUAAAAUCAAGGUGAUUAUUUCUGCAGAUGUUGGUGUGAAUGAGUUAUUUGUUGUGGACAAAGAGAAAAGCCAAAAUAUAUCUGACGAGCAACGAAUGUUAAUGGACGAUUUAAAACUUGGAGUAACUGAAGCAACAGCCAAUGUUUUCACUGGAGAAGAAGAAAUUUUCGCCCUUGAUAGAACAAAAUCUAGAUUGACAGAGAUGCAAAGUGAAGAUUACUGGGGCGGAAAAAUUAAAGAGAAAUAAAUACGCACACAUGCAGGUUGUUAAGUAUUUUACUAGAUUUAUGAACAUAUAUUUUAUAUUUAUUAGAACUAAAAUAUUUUAAUUGUACAGUAUUUGUUAUAUUUAUUCAGAAAUUUACUUAAUUUUAUUAUUUUGUUUGUUGAAAUAAAAAUAUACACAAAAUUC